UAUUAUUUUUUUGAUUAUAAUUAAUAAUCUUUGGCACUAUUGGCAGACAUCAUAUCAGUUAUGGAUUUAUGCCUUUAUAUGGACUGUGGCCAAUGACCGUUGGGCUUAAGAUAAGUUUUAAAGUUAAAUGGCCAGUCUUAAAUUAGUUAAAAAUUAUAAAUAUUAUACUUGUAACUUACACUUUAUAGCAGACUUACAAUUAUAUUUAUAGUUAUGUCCUAUUAACGCAAUAGUAUUCACUGAAUUUACUACGACAAUGCUUUGAAGUUUGCACUGAUUAAGAUAAAAUCAAAUUCCGAUUACUAGUAUUAUAGAUGUUAAAUUUAAGGAAUAUAUUAAUAUAAACAAUUAUUGGUGGACAUUAUUAAAUGUAUGAGUGUGUAAGCCUAACUACCUUAGCACGCUCAAUUCUAACAACACAUUGAAUAAAGAAAUGGAAGAUAAAAAACAAAAUCAGUUGGAAAGUGAUGAAGUAAAUGAAUUUAAAUACAAGUAUGCAGAAGAAAAACAAAAAAAUGAAGAAUUAAACAAAUAUUUAUUGCGUUUGCAAAAUAAUAUGAUCACAUCAGCUGUAGGACACAAUGAUCAACCCUCAAAUAAAAAAGGAGAUCAACAAAGACGAUUUUGGAGUGGAAAACUAGAUAAUACAUUUUCUUCUAAUAGUAUUCUUGAAACUAUUGAAGAAAAUGAUAGUUUACAUCAACCAAGUGAAUCAUUAGCUAACUUUGGAAAUCUAAAUAAAGAAAUUAAAACACCUUUAGAAUCAUUUGAAUGGAAUUUAAUAAGAGAAGAAGAUCCUACUGCAGUUACUGAAUUCAUAAACAACGAAAAUACUGAACAUAAUUUAUCUCCACCUUCCAGCAUAUCAUUCAGUGUUUGUGAAACCCCUAAAAAAGUUUUAAGAGAACGUAUAAAUAAUUACAAACAUUUGUUUGAAACCAGUAUGAAGGAAAACAAUGAGCUAAGAGAAUUCACUACUCUUGAGAAACAAAUGUUUUAUGAUAAUAAUGAACAAUUAAAAGAAUUAAGUAAUUUGAAAACGCAAAUUGACAAUCUUCAAAUUGAAAAAAAUGAAUCUGAAAAAAUGAUUGAAAAACUUAAAUAUUCAGUUCAAGUAAUUGAAAAGAAAAAAUAUGAUAUUGAAAUUAUUAAUGAAGAACAAAGAAUUAAUUUUGAGAAACGAGAAAAUGAACUUCUAGCAAUAAUUCAGGAUACAAAAAAAGAGGUAAAAUCUAAGGAAGAUCAAAUUGAGAAAUUCAUAUUAAGUGAUAACUUUAAGGCAGAAAAUCAAGAAGAAAUUAAAAAACUUGAAAUGAAAAUUAAAGAAAUGUAUCAAUUGAAUAAUACAUAUAUUAAUGAAAUAGAUUCUUUGAAAUUACAAUUGUUAAAUAAAGACAAACAAUUAAAUGUAGAAUUGUCUAAACAAUGUUCACUUUUUAAUGAGUUAUCUCUUCUUCAAAGUUAUGCAUCUGAAGCUAAAUCAGUUCCUUGCAAUAUUCAAUUCUUAACUGAUGAAGGUUAUUUUAGUCUUAAAAAAUGUAAAAUUUUGGAACUGGAUCAACUAUUAGAACAAAUUCAUAAUAUAAUAGAACAAUUACAACAAAAAAAACCAAAUUUAGUGGAUGAAAAUAAUAAUUUGAAAUUAAUAACUAAUGAUUUUAAUAUUAAAAUGAAUAACACAAAUAAAGAAAAUUAUGAAAUAAGAUUAAAACUAAAUUCAAUUGAGGAAAAAAUUAAGUUUACUAUCAAAGAACUCAGUGACAGUUCUGAGAUAAACAUUGAUAAUUCUGAUACAAAUAGCUUAAUUGAUUUUACUGUAAACUAUUUUAAAGAAAACUCAAACAAGAUUGAAAUAUUGUCUAACAAGAACUUAAUUUUAAAAGAAAAAUUGUCCUUAUCAAACAUAAAACUCUGUGAAAUAAUAUCAUUUGUAUUUAAUAAUCUUGAAAAUAUUCUUCAGCACAUUUCUACUUUGAAUGUUAAAUCAAGUACAGAAAUAGAGAAACUCAAAAAAGAACUCUCUGAAACUAUAGAAGAAAAUAUAUUUUUAAAAUCUAGUAUUCAAGCAUUCAAUAUAUUAACAUUUGAAUGUGUUGAUAUGAUUGAAACAGUACAAAUAAAUCAAUCAAAUUUUAUAAACAUUCAAGAAGAACUUACUGCCUGUAACGGUGUUAAUAAUGAAUUACAACUACAAAUUGAAGAACUAAAUGCAUUGAACACAAAUUUUAAUACAUUAAUUGAAAACCAAAUUAAAAUUGAAAAACAAAUCAAAGAUGAAUUGGAUAAUACUAAAUUUGAACUUUCUCUAAAAAAUAAAGAGAUAGAAAUUGUAGUUUCACAAGUUAAUGUUUUACAAUCAACAAUUGAAGAAAUGAAAACAAAUACAAACUAUAAUCCUACUAUUAUUGAAAGACUAAAUAAUGCACUCAAUACUAUUAAAUUUGAACUGGGAGAAAAAUCUAAAUUUGUGAAUAAAUUUAAAAAUAACAAAUCAGAAACAACAAUUUGUAAUAAUUUAGAAAGAAUUCAUGAACUAAAUGAGGUUAUUACAAAACUUAAAUCUGAAUUAGAAGAUAAGUUAAUCAAUGAAAAAGCUUUGAAUAAUGAAUUGCAGAUUGUUACGGUAGAAUUGGAUGACACUAUUGUUAAAGUUGAUGAAGUAAAAUCAUUAAUUAAAAUUUUAAAUAUAAAGGAUAAAUCCAAUAUUUUUAUUAUGGAACAGUUUAAAUAUGAACUUAAAUGUAUUAAAUCUACACUUAUUGAAAAAAAUGAGUUAAUUGAAAAAUUAGAAAACAUUAAUUUAGAACUUUUAACAAAAUGUAAAAAUUCUGAUGAAUUAAAUAAAAUCAUUACUGAACUUAAAAUAAAUUUGGAGAAUAAAAUUAAUGUUGAAAAUGAAAUACGAGCUGAACUUAAGGCUAAAACUAUUAAAUUAGAGUAUGCUAUGCUUCAAGAAAAUGAACUUCAGACUGUGAUAGAAAGUAUGGAGAAUGAAAUAAAAUCAAAUGUUGUUUUAAUAGACAAAUUGAAAUAUGAAUUAUCUACAAAAUCAAAUUUAUUAACCAAAUUAGAAAAUAUACAUUUUGAAUUAAUUUCAAAAUGUGAUAUAACAAAUGAAACUAUAUUAAACAACGUGAAAGAUAAUGAUCUAUACUAUAUAAAUAUUCAAAAUGAGUUACAACUGGUUAUCAAAGAAAAAUCAUUAAUUCAAAAAGAUUUGGAUACCAUAAACCAAAAGUUUUUGAAUAUUUCAAAACAUAAUGAUAAAAUAAAAAAUAAUUUAGAAGAUAAAGUUCAACUACAUGUAUUGAAUUAUCAUAAUUUAUAUACAGAAUUUAUUAAUUUGUCUUGUGAUAUUGAAUCAUUAUUAAAAUAUCAAACCAUUGAAGUAUCUAAUCUGAGAGAAGAAAUUCAACUUAAAUCUACAGAAAUUGAAAACUUGCAAAAAAAAGUACUUGAAUCUAAUUUACAGCAAGAAUAUGACAAACUAAAAGAAGAAUAUAUGUUAAGGUCUCGUGAAUGUGAUGAAGCCCGACAUAAAAUAUUACAUUUGGAAUCAAAAUUAUCAAGAAAUAAAAAACAUGAAAAAGUUCUUAGAAAUGAUUCAUUUCAUAUUAGGGUUAGUGAUAAUAGUUUAGUGGAUUUAAAUGAAGAAAUUGUUUUAAUGAAAUCAGAAUUGGCCAAAAAAAAUAGUUGUGAAAAAAUGUUACUGGAAGAAAAAGCAAAUCUUAAAUGUAACUUGGAUGCACUUCAAGAAAAACUUAUUGAUGUCACUAAAGAAAUGGAAAUUAGAGGAAAAAGAUGUGAAGAUUUAAAUUCAAUUAUUAAUGUUUUAACAAUUGAAAUAAAGGAUGCAAAUUUAGUUAAACAAAAUCUAAAGACUUGUUGGAAUGAAGCUGAACAUGAAUUACUUAAGUCUGGAGACCUCUGUGAAAACCUUAAAUUAGAAUUAUAUAGCGUGCAAAGAGAAUUAGAAAAUGCUUGCAUUAAAACUGAAUGUAUAGAAAAGGAAUUACAGAAUCUUGAAUUUAAAUUUAAUGAUAAAAUUAAUAAAAAAUACUUCGAUGGUUGUGAUGUUAGAAAUCAAUUAAUUGAUCCACUUGUUGAUUAUGUACAUGAUAUUAAAUUGAAACUAACUGAACUCAAUUCUGCAAUGAUAUCAGGAAACCAAAGUGAAAAACGAUUUAGAACAAAAGUUAUGUCUGUUGAUGAUGAUGUUUUAUCACACGAUGAGUCAUGGAAAAUAAGCUGCAACUCCCAACUUGGAUCUCCUAAUUGUAAAAUUGGUUUAGAAAUUGAUAAUUUAAAUAAGAUUUUAAAAGAAAAAAAUAUUUUGAUAAAUACUCUACAAACAGCUAAAAAAGAAAUAAAAAAAAGAAAUUCUGAACUUCAAUGCCAAAUGAAAAAACAAUUUGAUGAAAACAAUAAAUAUGUUAAUGAUAUACAAUUUAUGAAAAAUGAUCUAAAAGAAAAAAUAUUGUUGGUGAGCAAUUUAAAUAAUGAGUUGAACAAAAUCAAAAUAGAAUAUACUAAACUUGAAGAACACAACCAAGCAAAUAAAAAAAAAAUUGAUAAUAGCUAUGACAUUGAUUUAGAGUUAAUAAAUGGUAAAAGGAAUAUUAUAAAUGAAAUUAAUCUUCUUGAACCCGGAAAAAUUACAGGAGUUCUAACUGAUCAUGAUUUGUCUAAUUUGUUGGAUAUGUUUGUCAGCCUUAUAAUGAUCAAAGAACAUCAAAUAGUAACCAACUUAGUUAAUGACCAGAAUAAAAUUAAACAAUUAUAUGAAGAUAAAAUCAAACAGAUGCAAGAAGACAUAAAAAAAGGAAAAGAAUGGCAAGAACAGGUUGAAAGUGAUAAUGAAAAACUCAGCCUUGAACUUGAAAAUCUCAAAUUUCAAAAAAACAACUUCUCUGGUAGAGAAUUAAAGAUAAAAGAACUGUCAGAAAAAGUUUUAGAAGCAGAGAAUCUAUCCUUUAAUUAUUUAAGUGAGUUAGAAGAAAUAAAGACUCAAUUGAGUCAAACAAGUGAAAAAAAUUAUCAGUCAUUGUUACAAGAAUUUGAAGAGUUUAAGACUAGUUCAGAGCAAUCUUUACAAGAUUUGAAAAAUAAACUUGAAAAUAAAACCAAACAAUAUAACAAAUCAUUAAUAUUAUGUGAAGUUCAAAAAAGUAGUUGUUUAAGUUUAGAAGAUCAAAUAGAAAAGAUUCAAUCAGAAUGUGCUUGUUUAAAAUCUGUUAUUGAAAAAAAAGAUGAAGAUAUUAAACACUUACUUGUAGGAUUUAAAUUGAAGACAAAUGAAUAUGAAAUAAUGAUCGAAAAAUAUAGUUUAGAAAAAGAAGAAAUGAGAAAUCUUUAUGAAAAGAAAAUUAAUGAUCUACAGCUUGAUUUAAGUAAUAUUAAACAUAAAAUGUAUUGUACAGAAAAGUUGCUAAAAGAAAUUAAUAAAAACAAUGAAAAAGAUCAAAUUAAAGUUAAAAUGAAUAAUCACAGUUUAGUUGAAGUAAAUGAUGUAACUGAAAAAUUGCGGACAAUACUUAAGUGCAAUGGUACAUUGCCAACAAUCUAUGAAAAUAUUUGUUCAUUAAUGACCAAAUGUGAAUAUUUAGAGGAAGAAAUUAAAGAAUUGAAACAUGCUAAUGUCGACUUAGACAAUGAAUGUGAUUCUAUGUUAGAGGAGAUAAACAAUAAAGAUAAUAAGAUAUCUGAACUUUUGACUCAAGCAGAUUUGUUGAAGAAAAACAUUGAAUUGUUAACAGAAGAAAGAGAUUUUUUGAAAAAUAACAAGUGUAAAAAAUGUAAAAAUGUCAACAAUGAUGUUAAAAAGUUAAAUGAUGAAAUAUGUAGUUAUGAGCAAAACAUUUAUGAACUAAGAAAAGACAAAGGUCAGCUAAUUGUUCAACACAAUAAGGAACUGAAGCAACUCAAAAACGAACUACAAGAAGUUCAAGCUAAGAACUUGGAAUUGUUUAACGAGUACAGUACAUUAUCUGAAACUGCUAAAAAUUUGGAAAAAACAUUGAAAGAAGACAUUCAACAAUUAAAUAGAUGUAUUGUGGAUAAGAAUGCAAAAAUAUCUACAUUAGAAUUGUUUUCCAAAACAUAUUCCAAUGAUCUCAAAAAGAAGAAUCGUGAAUUAGAAAUUAUUUUUAAAAGAGCAAAAGAUGAAAACCAUAUGUUGCGCAGAGAAUUAUGUCGAUUGAAAGAAAUUAAAAAAGUAAGUACAGCUGAUCAUUUUACUCAGACCGUCGAAGAACAGAGCAGUAUAAUGCCUGACCAAAAAUGUGUAAUUGACAAAAUUGCUAAAUUUGAGAGUGAUAGUAAAAUGAUGAAAAUGAUGCUACAUCAUCGUAAAUCUAAAAUAGAAGAACUCGAAAAGCAACUCAAUGAAAGACAUUGUAGAAUUUAAUUAUUAUAAAUCACUAGCUUCAACUCUUUAGUUUGUAUUUUUAUAAAAUAUGAAAAGUAUUCAAUAUUCAUUUGGUAUAAAAAUUGAAUUUUGAUUAUAAAUUUAUAUUUUCAAGCCAAUUAAGCUUUUAGUGAUAGAUUUCAUUUGUACAGUUUAUGUUGUAUUUAAACAAAAACUAUAUUUAUUUUUAUAUUUAAGUAUUUUUCAUUAUACAUUUAUACUACAAUUUAUUUUUAUUUUCAUUUUUAACUAAAUAAAUAGCAUUCAAAAUUGAA